AUGCAGAGCCUAUUCCUUGAUCUGAUUAAUAAACGAAAGAUCAAGUCUGAAGAGAUGGCAAAGGAAGGAAGACAGCCUGAAGACUUGACAGAUUGGUUCUGGCGAUGGUCUCAGCAGGACACAUGUAAUGGUCAUAAUGAACUGGACAUUGCCCAGCUACUUGCUGCCAAUACUUUCGGGGCCAGUUUCAACACUACCGUAGUUCUUGUCCAAUGUCUCUGCGAGCUUGCCGCCAGGCCAGAAUAUGUCACUCUCAUCCGACAGGAGGUCAUAUCGACUCUUCAAGCCCAAAAUGGCACUUGGACCAAAGAAGGGAUUGAGUCAAUGAAGAGACUGGACAGUUUUAUCAAGGAGUCCCAUCGGUACAACUGCUUUGAUCACGCCGGAACUCCCCGGGUCGUCAAGAAGGACUUUCAAUUCAAGAAUGGCCUUCGGAUUCCUAAAGGGACAGUUCUCUUAACACCAAACGCGGCCAUGUUAUUUGAUGAAAGAUAUAUCAAGAACCCCCUUGAAUUCGAUGGUCUUCGAUUCUAUGACCUUGCUAAGAGUUCCGAAACGCCCGAGGUAUUCAAGUAUACCUCUACAAAUCCUCAUUAUCUUCAGUUUGGAGAUGGAAAACACGUCUGCCCAGGUCGCUUUUUUGCAGCCGAUGAGGUUCGACUCAUUCUUGCAUAUCUGCUGUUUCAUUUCGAGGUCAAAUUGCAGGGAAAUCUGCCUGCAAAUUUCAAGAUCAAGAGACACAACUUGGCAGAUUUAGGGGUGAGCAUCCUGUUGAAAAAAAUUGAAAGAUAG